AUCGUAAUGAGCAAAAGCAAAAACCCAACAAAACUUCAAAGUUGUGUGCCUAGUAAACUGCACUGCUUCCCGGCGACGGAAGAAACUCAAACUUAAUUACUCAUUCAUUCCAUGAUGUUUAAUUAAUUUAUGAGAAUUUUGAUGGCGAAAUUAGAACCCAAGGAUCGGAUUGUCGUAGAAUCUGUCGCAGAAUUUGAUCCAUCAAAAACUUCAUCAUCAUCGCUUAAAUCAUUCAAAUCCUUAGCUAUAUCAUCAGUAUCAAAUACUCAAACCCUAAUUUAUAUCGGAACUUAUUAUGGAUCAAUAAUCUUACUUUUCUUAGGUAAUUCAUCUUCUCCUGAAAAAGAAAAUGGUUCGGAUCUCAAACCUGAAAAUCACACCCUUACAUUCUCAAGAUUUAUAUCAGUUACUGAUUCACCAGUAGAGUUAAUGCAUGUUUUUGUGGAGAUUGAUAGAAUUUUAGUACUUUCAGAUGGGUGUUUGUUUUUAUUAGAUUCUUUGUUACUUCAACCUCCCAAAAGAUUGAGUUUUCCCAGAGGAGUCACUUUCUUUACUCGUAGAUUACAUAGUGCUGGUAAUGUAUCUGGUACUACUUCUUCUUCUUCUUCUUCAAGUUUAAAUAUUUUUGGAGAAAGUGAUUUAGUGAAUUCUACUUCUAGUUCGAGGUUUCUGAAGAAAUUAGGGGGAGGAAUCAGCAGGGCAAAUGGGACUAAAUCAAGAGAUUUUUCUUCUCAAUUACAAAAGGAAGCUAGUGGUAAUAAUUGUUUAGUUUCUGUUGCUAUAGGAAAGAAGAUAGUUUUAGUUGAACUUUUAUUACCAUAUGAGGGAGUUAUUGAUACUGUUGUUCUGAAAGAAAUUCAAGGUGUUGAGGGGGUUAAAACUAUGGUAUGGUUAGACGAUUCUAUUGUUGUUGGUACUGCUAACGGUUAUACACUUUUUUCUGCGAUUACGGGGCAAAAUGUAAUGUUGUUUUCACUUCCUGAUCUGUCUUGUAGCCCAUAUUUGAAAACACUUGGGAAACAUCAUGAGGCUCUUUUGUUAGUUGACAAUGUGGGUAUUAUUGUUAAUGCUAAUGGGGAACCAGUUGGUGGAAGUUUGGUUUUCCGCCAUGCUCCUGAUUCGAUUGGGAAUAUAUCUUCUUAUUUGAUUGUUGUUAAAGAUGGAAGGAUGGAUUUGUAUCAUAAGAAAACAAGUCUUUGUAUUCAGUCCAUUAAUUUUGCGGCACAAGAAGUUGGUCCAUGCAUUGUGGAAAGCGAGGACGGUGGAAAUGGAGAACUUGUUGUCGUUGCGACAUCUUCUAAGGUCAUCUGCUUUAGGAAACUAUCAGUUGCAGAGCAGGUUAAAGACUUACUGAGGAAAAAGAACUUUAAGGAAGCCAUUGCUUUGGUGGAAGAACUCAAGUGCGAAGGUGAAAUGACAAAAGAAAUGCUUUCCUUUGUCCAUGCUCAAGUGGGGUUUGUAUUGCUAUUUGAUUUGCAUUUUGAGGAAGCCGUGGAUCAUUUCUUGCAGUCUGAAACAAUGGAACCAUCAGAAGUAUUUCCAUUUAUUACGCGGGAUCUGAGUCGCUGGUCCCACAUGAUUCCGAGGAACCGAUACUGGGGCUUGCAUCCUCCUCCUAUACCUCUUGAAGAUGUCGUAGAUGAAGGGUUGAUGGCUAUCCAAAGAGCUACAUUUCUGAGAAAAGCAGGUGUAGAGACUGCAACUAAUGAAGAUUUUCUUGUAAAUCCACCUAGUAGAGCUGAUUUGUUGGAGUCAGCUAUCCAAAACCUUAUCAGGUAUCUACGUGUAUGCCGCGAGAAGGAAUUGACUCCUGCUAUAAGGGAGGGAGUUGACACACUUCUGAUGUAUCUCUAUAGAGCCCUUAAUCAUGUAGAUGAAAUGGAAAAUCUGGCAUCUUCUGAGAACAGUUGUGUUGUGGAGGAGUUAGACACUUUACUAGAUGAGUCUGGGCAUUUAAGGACGCUUGCUUUUCUCUACUCAAGUAAAGGAAUGAGCUCAAAGGCCUUAACAAUCUGGCGUAUUUUGGCACGAAAUUAUUCAUCUGGCCUAUGGAAAGCCCCUUCAGUGGAGAACGGUCUAAACUUGUUCUCCGGCCAGGAGACUGCUGCAAUUGAAGCAUCAAAGCUUCUGAAGUCAUCAUCUGAUCAAGAUAUGGUUUUGCAACAUCUUGGAUGGAUUGCAGACGUAGACCAGGAGCUUGCGGUAAUCAUUCUAACAUCAGACACGAGAACCGAUCAGCUUUCUCCAGAAAGAGUAAUUGAAGCAAUUGCUUUGAAGAAGGUUGAAAUACUUCAGAGAUAUCUCCGAUGGUUGAUUGAGGAGCAGGACUCAGAUGAUACACAGUUCCAUACAAUGUACUCAGUCUCUCUUGCUAAGUCAACUCUGGAAGCUGUUAAAGUUGAAAAUGAGUCUCAGAACCCUGCUGCUAAACGGUCAGAAGCAAUGCAAAUUUCAGCAGUCGAAAGUCGAACCAUCUAUAUUCAAGCUCUGAGAGAAAGAUUACAGUUGUUUUUGGAGUCCUCAGACUUGUAUGAUCCAGAAGAAGUCCUUGACUUAAUUGAAGAAUCAGAAUUGUGGUUGGAAAAGGCUAUUCUUUACAGGAAACUAGGGCAAGAGACACUAGUUCUCAAAAUCUUGGCUUUGAAGCUGGAGGACAGUGAAGCAGCAGAGCGAUAUUGUGCUGAGAUUGGAAGACCAGAUGCCUAUAUGCAGUUGCUUGAUAUGUACUUGGAUCCACAAAAUGGAAAGGAACCAAUGUUUAAUGCUGCAGUUCGUCUUCUGCAUAAUCAUGGAGAAUCUUUGGAUCCUCGGCAAGUUCUAACGACAUUAUCUCCUGAUAUGCCUCUCCAGCUUGCCUCCGACACACUUAUAAGAAUGAUGAGAGCCCGAGUUCAUCACCACCUUCAAAGUCAGAUUGUACAUAGUCUAUCCCGUGCGUUAACCAUUGAUAGCAGCUUAGCUAGACUAGAGGAGAGAUCAAGAAACAUACAGAUUAACGAUGAAAGCUCUUGCGAUUCUUGCCAUGCACGCCUGGGUACUAAGCUCUUUGCCAUGUACCCUGAUGAUUCCAUCGUUUGCUACAAGUGUUAUCGUCGUCAGGGUGAAUCCACAUCUGUAUCUGGCCGUAACUUCAAGCAAGAUCUCAUCUUCAAACCAGGUUGGCUAGUCAAUCGUUAGCAGCUGUGGUGGCUAUUGGCAGCCACGUAAGUUGACACUGGACGUCCUAAUGUUAUACCGGGGUACCUCCAAUCAGUGAAAUAAUUAAUGGGUAAUGGCAUAGUGAAAGAUAAAAUUAAGAUUGAAGAGAAUAAAAAUCAACGUAAGCAUCCAUGGUUGUAUGGAAUACUAUGGAUGAUGAGGAGUUUCUUCGGUUAUUCUUUGAAAAGAUGAUGAUCGAGGAAGAUUGAGUAAAACCAAGGAUUGUAUGUUUUAUUGUACCCAUAUCAAAAAUAGGGUAUGAUUUCUCAGUUUACAGUAACUUUAUUUUCAAGAUUUGUUUGGAAUACCCAAGUUUCUUGCAAGGAACCUGAGUUAAUUAUGAGCCCAAGUUUGUAUGACAUAAUCGUGAAUUCAAAUCAAUUAUUCAUCUUAGUCCGGUA